GUAGUUGCGUUACUGUAGUUUUGGCUCAGCUUUCGAAGAGUAGGUAUGGGCGGUCAAUGUACAUAUAUUUAAUCCACAGUGCCCUGUUACACAGCGUGAUUCAUUUCUUUAUUUGUAUGCGUUUUGUUGGAGAUUUAAAGCCAUUUCCCUUGCUUCAUAUAGCGGUAAGACUAUAAUAUGUGGACAACCUUGGAAUGACGUUUUGUCUCAAACAUUAAGGACUUCACUUUACUCUCAAUUAUUAAAAAAACAAAAUUUGAUCAGUAAUGUCAAACUGUUUUAGUGGGGAUGCAGUUCAUUAGUAUAGUGGAUCAGUUACUCAAGUUUGAACCCUUAUCUAGUUUCUAAGAUUGUGUUGGUCAAGUAGUAUCACUGGUUGCUACUUAGUAUUUAGCUGGUGAUUUUAUGCAAUAAUGUGUGGCUAUUUAGUUGCAUUAUACAAGCCUGAAAGUUUGUGUGCGCCUAAUUGGAUGAUAAAGAGUUUGGUACAGCAUUGGGACAGAAAGAUAAAGGAAACAGAUUUAGCUUGGUUUAACCUAGUGCACACUGAUGCAACUAAUCUAUGUCUGUAUAUUUGUUAUAUUUACUGACAAUUUCAGGACAAUUUUGGUGCUUUGGUUCGUUGAUUAUAAUAAUGUACCAACCACUAAAAUUGAAAUCGAGGGACCACACCAUUCGCAAAGUUUUCCCAGAUUUCUGUAGUCAUAAGAAAUUUCGGUGAAACUCUACUUUAUGGACGACCUUUGAACGAAUUUUUAAGUGACCUUGAGAACAUUAGCCAAUCAGUAAAGAGUUAGUAUAAAGUAAAAAUAUAUUGUAAAAAAGUGAUGAAUUACAAUGGAUAUUCUUCUUUUACAUGAUUUAAGAACUUGUUGAGGUUUGAUAAAGGUUCAGAAGUUUUGAAAUCAUAGUGCAUGCGGUAUAAGAACUCGUCCAUAUGACUCCAUAAUAAUCGUCCCCUGGAGCCGUGGUAGGGUCUUUAAAAAUACUUCAGCCUAGACCACAUGCCCUCAAUGUUGUUUGUAUGGACCCCCGUCGUUGGAUCAACAAAAUGACGUUUGUGCACCACAACAUGAUGCACAAAACCAAGUCUGGAGAGGCAUCUAUACGCUUUCCAAUCAUCGGUAUAGCCGCAGCUAAUGUUACUUGAGACUUUAUGAUCCAAUUUGCAACGAUUAUCAUGGUUUGUCUUAGCCUUAACCGUGACCGGGCAAAAAAAGUGCCAGUUCGAGCAGAUUUUUUUCUCCAACAUAUAGUACAACGACAUACAAUGUCAUCGCGGCAGUCUGCACAUCGUGCUGCGGUCAUUUAAUUGCCGCAGUCACAGACACAGGAAUUUCUUAACAGUGCCAUCUGCUGUAGUCUCCCAACGAUCACCAAUUCUCUAAAAUCUGCUGUAAAACGAUCGAAUGUGAGCAUCUCGCACUGAACUUAGCGCCGUGACCUUGAAAUUCCUUAAACGCUUCUGAUUGGCUCGUCCAUAAAUUAGAGUCCUACCGAAAUUUCCAUUGCUUUUACUUAUUAGAGGCUUCCAUAUAUCCUAGGCCACCAAACAAAUAUAUAUUUAAGAACGGCUUUAUUGCAAAGUGUUGAUUAGUAAACCAGUUUCAUUAGACAAGUGGAAACUUUUGUUUACACACGUAAAAAGUUUUAUAGCUUUAAAAUUGGCAGUCGUCUGCGUUAUCGACUUCCUCAAAGGACAGCAUUCACCAUUUCUCCACCUGUCUCGGAAAGCAUGGAAAACAAGACUAUUAGUGUCAGUGAAAAGUCGGUAUUUCGAUACACCAGUUUGGUCCUAGCCAUAUUGUAUUUUUUCAUUUUUCAGUCGUUAUCCAUAUUAUUGGUGAAGGAUAGUAAUACCACACAGGUCCUCAAGUUAGAGCUCGUACCUGUGGCUUUUUACUUAAAAGGCAUCAACACAUAUUUUACUUCAUUUCUCUUUGAUUUUACCACACGAGUCUUUAGAUAUUUUAGCGGGAUACAUAUUAGAUUAAAGCACGUUCCAUGUAGUAUAGUGUUGGGGCACGCUGCUUGGCUACUUCUUAUCCAAUGAGCGCUAGUGGAUACUUAGAGAAGACUCCAGGAUCUUUUCAUGUAAAAAUUAUAAAUAUACUAACGUUUUUCUCAUUGUGAUUCCUACUUCAUUUAACCCUUUCACUUGGGAUAUAAUUACGUUCCUGUUCAAUCGUGUUCUGAUUUGGAGACUUAUCGAGUGAAGUAGUGUCCGAGAUUACUAAGCAAUGAGAGUAGCUGGGUCGUAAUAAGAGAAUUACAACAAGAUUUAUUCCAAAUAACCUUAAAAAUAUUUUAUUGGGUAACCAAAUUUUAUUUAGUUUCAGGGAUAUAUAUUAUCAGCCUCAUAAUAUUUGUAUUACAUGUUCCAAAAUUUACUGUAACUGGAUAAUAGGGUGUUUUGAAUUGACGUAUUCUAGUAACAUCCAAGUUUGUAGUCCUAAUUUUAUUAAUUUUAAUCCUUAAACUAACUAAUGACAAUUUUAUUCCAGAAAGUAUCAUGUAUGUAUACAUGAUUGGUAGAAAAGUAAUAUUAACUGAAGCGAAAUCUGGUAAACGAUCCAAUCGCCAGAUUAAGGAAUGAUUUUGUAAGGUUUUAUUUUAGAAAUGACGAGUUUUCUAGAUUUCUUGAAUAUUUAUAUCUGUACACAUCUAGUGCGUACCUUCUUAAUUUACUGUUACUGUAUAUAGUAGUCGUAACUGGUUUCCUCUUAUUCUUGGUUUACAGAAGUCUACUGAAACGUUUUUGGCAAUAUUUGAUCUGAGAUAUGUUGUUUUGUGCUCUAGCUCUACAAGAGUCCUGUUCACAUGGAACGUAAUUUUUACUAAACAUACCCAGAAUUUAUAUAUGUGAUCAUAUUAUCCCAAAUUUUUCGAUUCUGGGUUCUAGAAAUGAAAGGUCAUUCCAAUUCAACGUUGCCUCCGGGAUCAGUUCUAAUACAGUCUGGUCAGGCCAUUUCUCAGACUUCUGGCAUAGCUGCUCUCCAAACUAACAGUGUCACAAGUGGUCCACAGAAUCUCCAAGUGUGGACUCCGUCACCAUCUGGAGCUAUUACGGUUUCGGGUAUCCCAUCAUCAAGGAGUUCUGCCAACUUGGUUACUCUCCCCUCUGGCCAGACUGUAUUGAUGGCCAAUUUGGUAACAACGGCUACCACAGCACCGAUUUCUCUUUCAACAUCUUCAAUUGCUAAACAACAAAUCCAAGUUCCAACGGGUCUUCCACCUGGUGGGCCCAUUGUCAUAUCUAAUCCCAAUUCUGCUGGUCCACUUGCUACACAGCUCACGAAUCCCACUGUCAUACAAGGUCCUAACGGUCAAAUGUCAGUGGCAUUACCAGGUGGCAUAAUAAGUAGCAAUACAUUAAACUCAUUCAAUAGUUCAUCCACUGCCUUUGUUUCAAGCACAUUGGGAAACAUAUCUACCGAUCAACCUGUACAUAUCGCUCAGAUUGUUGAUAAUCAUUUGCGUCCAGGAACGGCUUGUUUCACAACAAAUGCUGGCUUUCAGGGAAUAACACCUAUGAAUCAAGUACUUUUGGACUCAACAAGUUUUAAUCUUGGCAGUGCUCAAACACAAAACAAGUUGAUUAAUAUGUCGUCCAUCAGACCUCCUGGACUUGUGUCUUCUCCCAUGCAACCAGUUCACCCUGGUAAUUCGUUCGCUGCAGCUGGAAAUAUUCCUAGAGGUUUGUCUGUCAACCUUUCUUCUGACAUCACAAAUUCGCAGUCAAAACCAUCAGUUUCUCAACCAGUCAUUGUCUCUACUUCAAAUUUGCCUGUUCAAGAAGCAGCUAUAUAUCCAGUUCAAGAAGAAUGCUCAUCGGCAAUGCAAAAUGGUACUCCUACUUCGGGUCCAGUUACAACAUCUGUGGUUGAUGUUAGCUCAACUAACAAUCCAUCUAUUUCAACUGCUGGAGUUACUGUCGUCGAAAUACCUUGCUCACCUGAAAAUGGUCAAACAAAUCUCAACUCAAAGUGCAUCACUGAUGAGCAAACCAAUUCCGUUUUCACAUCAAGUUCCUUAUCUGAGUUGUUAACUGAAUUUGAACCUCAUUUACAACUAGAUCCUGAUGUUGAAGAGGUUAUAACUAAUUUAGCUAAUGAAUUCAUUGUAAAUUGUGCAGAAAAAGCUCAACAACUUGCUUCACAUAGGGGUAUAUCAAAUGUUGAGGCAAAAGAUGUUGUAUUUUGUAUGGAACGCGAUUGGAAUGUUAUUGUCCCGGGUUUUGCUACUGAGGAACGAAUUGUACGUAAAAGUUUCACAACUGAAGCACAUAGACAGCGCUUAGCUUUAAUUAAAAAACAAAUUAAAAAAAUGUGAAUAUAUAUAUCUCUUUGUACAUUCAAAAUUCUCCUGUUUUUUACGUCUCCCCUCUGUAUUACACUUAUAUUUAUUUAAUUCUGCCUUUUGUUGACUUUUACUUCUUUAGUGGGGAAAACUAUUUCCUUUUUAAAUAAAAAGAUUAUUCAACGUAAAUUAAAUUGUUUUAUAUCAUGGUAAUUAUUAUGUAGUUUAUUUUGGGUGACAGAUUUCAUUUCUUUAAAUUGAUAUGUUACAAAAUACCUGAUUGGUAUUGAAUUACUCUUAUGUACCAUGGUCUAAUACGUUUUCCAAGCUAGAAAAUACGAUCAAAAUUAUUUGUAUGAACCAGUUUUUGUUUUUCAAAUCAACAUUAAACAACUGUAAAUUAUCUUUAAAUUAAAUAAGAUAAUUUAGUAAAUGUCAACAAAUUGAUGGUAUUUUAUUAACUGGAUAACUAAGCGGGAAGUUUAGCAUUUCAUCCUACCCAAUCAUAAACAACGUAGAACCUAACACAUGUGAAUAAGUCAGUCAUCUACAACGUGGGAUCAGGCACAUAUAUGCAUCGGUUUAAGUUGUCACACCUCAUUAACACAACAAGAUGAGCACCAAAGUCAUAGAAGUAGUUAUUUCAAUGGUAAUAAUAUAUAAAAGAAAGGUUGUGUAUAAAAAUAUAAUACAGGAAGAAAGAAAGGAUAAAGUAAUUCCAAUCUCACGGUUUAAGGGAAGACAAGAAGUUUAUACAACCACGCCAUUGUGAUGGAUUCUGAGCCACGUCACCUAGAGCCUCCAACCAUUGGUUACGAUAGUCACGCGGACCCCAACCAAGUAGUCUGCAUCUACCAACAUGGCUCAGACUGGAAGUUAGUGACUUCAAGGACUGAUGCCACAUUUUGGCUUGGCUGCCCACAUGUGAAUUACCCUUAGUUGACACACCAUAUCGUGAUAUCGAGACGUUAUCAAGAUGAAUACCAAAGUAGUAGAAAUAGCAGUAACAAUAGUAGUGAAAAAGAUUACAAAUGGACAAGAUGAUUGGAGAAGAACGAAUACAUGUGUGGGAUAAAAAGAUAAUUUAUCUAAAGCAAGACAAAGAGUGGGUGAAUCUGUUCGAUUUAGACCGUCGGUUGCGAUGAUUGCGUAGAUCCUGAUCAUAUAGUCCGCAUCUGUCAACAGGGUUCAAUCCAAAUGACUUCAUGGGUUAAUGCCACGUGAUUUGGGUAUUUCUAACUCCUCAGCAAAGCCCAUUUACAACCCCGCGAGGAAUCGAACUCGAGGUUGAGACCUCAAGAGGAGUGCUUAACCUAAAGGUUAGACCGCUGAGUCGUUAUCCACUAACUUACAUUUCUAAUUUUAAUCAAACUUAGGUUUUGGUUGAUUACCAUUGAUAUUGUUUAUCUCAUACUCGACAUGGUUGAAGUCUACUGGUCACAGCUCCUUCGGAGUUUACCUCUUGAAGUUAGUCACAACUAAGUACAUAAUAUUUCUUACUAUAGUGUUGCGAAGACUGUUGAAUUCGACUCAGAUUCGCCAAUCUACAUGAUUUGUCCAUUGAAAUUAAAUAUUUCCCAACUCUUAAUUAUGUAAAAAAGUGGUAGCAGUUUGCUUCGUAUUAAUCUAGGAGUGGAAUGUAAUUUCUAUGUUUUGUUCACUCUUCCUCGAAGUUAUGGAGUAGUGACUUAGUGGUUAAGGUGUUCGAUUUUCAGCAACCAGAUCUCAGGUUCGAACGUUGACCCACCUAGUACGCUUUGGACAACUGGGUAAUAUCAUUAACUCCUAAUAUUAGUGUAGCUCAUAACCAAGUGAGUCAGCCCGCCUUAUGAUUGCCACCACACUAUUUCAAUUUCUUUGGUAUACAUCUUGCUAAUUUCAUCUCGUCGUGCCAAUAUGAUAUGGCAACUUGAGUUAACGUAAGCUGAUCAUGACUCGCUGACUUUUAUAGUA